AUGAAUAAUAUGGCACGAAGAUAUAAAAUAUCUACCAUACAAGCCUGUAGAAACAAAGAUCCGUUAACUGAUAUCAAUAUUUUAUUAUUGGGACAAACUGGUAUUGGAAAAACAACAUUCAUUAAUGGUUUAGCGAAUUAUUUAUGUAAUGAUACAUUAGAAGAUGCAGCUAGAGAUCAAAUGCAACUUAUCAUCCAAUCAUCAUUCUCUUUUAAUUUUGAAGAGAAAAUCAUUUACAUCGGGGAAAAUAAUGAACCAUUUCGGUAUUUAACUUUACGUCGACAUGAAAUACAAUUAAAUGAAGAACAAAAAUUAAGUUAUCAAAAGAGUUGGAAUCAUACUAUUCAACAAUAUUCAAAUCUUAUGGCUUUUGUUGUACCACGUCUACUUCCUGCUGUCUGUAAUACACUUUCACUUAAUGAAGCUAAACAAUUAGUUAGGAAAUUAACAUGUCCAAUCAUUGAAAUAACUAGACUUAUCGAACAAAAUCUUCAACUAGCUAAAAAAAAUUCAAAAGAUAUUAGUAAAAAUCCUGAAUUAGCUAGUAAAGGUCUACCACAAAAGGAUGCAAAAUCUGAGCAUUUAAAAUAUUCAACAACAAUUUGUACAAAUAAAAAAUGUUGUCGAACUGUUAUUGUUAAUAAUGAGACUAAAAUUGAACCACUAUCAAAAUACCAUGAAUUAACUAAACAAAUUCUAUCUUAUCUUGUAGGUAUAUGUUCAAAAUAUGGUUGUUUAUGGAAUGAUCAUCAACAUAUAACAUAUGACGUAAAAACCGAUAUUCGUUAUCUUAAUGAAACAUUGUUAGCAGCUGAUAUUACAAAACGAAUUAAUAACUUAAAAGAAGAAAAAAAGCGAAAAUAG